CAGUUUGCGUAUAAAUCUACUUUGUGUUUUCCUGAUGUUAAACGGACAUUUACACCCAGGGUGGAGCCUGGGAUGCGUGAUGCGCAUUAUUUGAAAUGAUCCUUAAUUAAAACACGACACUCCUUUAUUAGCUGAAGUAAAGUUUCCCGAGAAGAAAAGAAUGAAGACAAACACGACGGUUCCCACCCCGCCCUGCCGUCAUCCUCGGGAUCCUGCGCAGGUGUGUGUCGGACAAACAGGACGUGGUGCGGAGCGCCGAACCCGAACCUCUUUACGCAGCGUCCCGCAGCCUCACCUUCAGCGUCUCCUCUGCGCUUCCACACCUGAGCAGCAGCGGCGCUCCCGCCUCCCUCUCCGGGCUCACAUGGAUUGAUCUCCCGCCGGGAGCCAUGCUUUGUCCCGCGGUUCGUUUGGCAUCACGGUGUCGAGUCCUCGCAGGGAACCCGGCCGCCUUGGAUGGAGGACGAGAGUCCAGUUUCCGCAUUCCCGCAGCCGCCGUGCGCACUGCAGGCGCGGAGCGAAGAUCCGCGAUCUCAACAGAAAAGAAAACCGGUUCCUCCAGCUCAGCUGCCCAUCCUGCGCUGCUCCUGCAUUGUUAUGUUUCCCGGCAGAGGCAGACAGAGAGGCUGCUGACGGUGUGUCCCCGGCCGGGUUCCGUGCUCCUCUAACGCCUGAUCGCUCCCGCCUGCUCCGGGAUGGAGAACUGCUGCCGCUCCUGCUGUCCCUGCCUGACCCGGCUCUGGAACUGGAUCUGGCCCGGCGUCCGCUACCCGCCCGUCCCCAACCUCGUCAUCGCCAACCCGGGAGCCCAGCAGGCCGAGAUCCGCACCGUGUCGGGCGACAUCCGCGUCCCGUCGCCCAAGCGGCGGCCGGUGCAGCUGUACGCGGCGCUCUACGACUUCCAGGCCCGGAGCGACGACGAGCUGACGGUGAAGGAGGGGGACAAGCUGUCGGUGAUCGAGAAGCGGGGGGACUACGUGCUGGCCAAGAAGCUGACCGGCUCCCCGCAGUCCGGACUCAUCCCGGCCAACUACGUGGCUCUGCUGCAGGACGAGUUCGCCAAACACAAGUGGUACUAUGGGAACAUAAACCGCGUGAAAGCCGAGAAGCUGCUGCUCGGUUCCCAAAACAAAGAUGGCGCCUUCCUGGUCCGCAUCAGUGAGAGUCACAGCGACGAGUACACGGUCUCCGCGCGAAGCGAGGGGAAGGUCUGCCACUUCAGGGUCCAGCGCUCGGUGAUCGGAGCGUACUUCGUCUCGGAUAAGAUCUCCUUCGCCACGCUGGGGGAGCUGAUCUCCUACUACCAGAAGAACCCGCGCAGCCUGGGGCUGAACCUGGUGGAGCCAUGUGCCCAGCAGCGGGAACUCUUCGACAUGGAGCCCUGGGAAAGACCGCGGGAAGAGUUCAAACUCCACAGGAAACUGGGAGAAGGACACUUUGGAGAAGUCUGGGAAGCCAUCUGGACCAAAGAGAACAAAAAAGUGGCCAUAAAGACGCUCAAACAAGAGGACACGAGGCAGGACGAGUUUGUGAAGGAGGUUCAGGCACUGAAGAACCUCCAUCACCCAAAGCUGAUCCAGCUGCUGGCCAUGUGCUCCAGAGGAGAACCUGUCUACAUCGUAACUGAGCUCAUGAGCAAAGGAAGCCUCAAGUCCUACCUCGCCUCUAACGAAGGCCAGGUGCUGAAGACGGCCCACCUCAUCUACAUGAGCGGUCAGGUCGCAGACGGCAUGGGCUACCUGGAGGACAGACACAUCGUCCACAGAGAUCUGGCCGCCAGGAACAUUCUAGUGGGAGACGAUCUCAUCUGCAAGGUGGCUGACUUUGGGCUGGCCCGCAUAAUUAAGGACAGCGUGUAUACCGCCAGCAGAAACACAAAGAUCCCAGUCCGGUGGACGGCCCCCGAGGCGGCGCUGCACCAGCGCUUCUCUGUGAAGUCGGACGUCUGGUCGUUUGGCGUGCUGCUCUACGAGAUGAUGUCACGCGGCAAAAUGCCUUACGAAGGAAAAAACAAUAAGGAAGUGAUGGACAUUUUAACAUCAGGGUAUCGGCUGCCGAGUCCUAACCGCUGUCCUCAGAACAUUUACCGAAUCAUGUUGGACUGCUGGCAUUCUGACCCGUCGAAAAGACCCUCGUUCCACUCCCUGCAGAGCCAGCUGGAUUCCAUAUAUGAGCGGAUUUAUUACAAGACCGUGGAGGUGUAGGAGGAGACGGGUCCUGGUGGAGAAGUGCGCGAUGGUCCUCCUCUGCUGGUUUGGAAGCCCACAGAAAGCAGAAGGAAACAUUAAUUCAUGCUGCGUGGCGUCUGUAAAAGCUUUAAAAAGACGUUAAAGGAAGCGGAGGAUCGAGAAGAGCAACACAAGCAGCCCAGCAUGGAUAAAAAAGCUGGGGAUGAACUGGGAAGGGAAAGGGUGAAUGAAAGAAGCUGGAGAGGAGUCUGCAAUCGUGUUUAAAACAAACU